CUUGUACCCUUUUUCAAACUCAGUUCAAUCUCCUUAAAUCUUGCUGCUUUUUUCUUGAAAAUCCAUCCAAUGAAGUUUCUUUAACAGAAGACUAAUAAAAAGCAACAAACUUUUAGAUUGUUUUUUUUUUCAAGAUUACCAUAAAGAAGUAAUCUUUUUGACAUUUUGGAGAUGGGUUUGAUGUAUGGAACCAAACAGACCCAUACCCACAAGCAGCUUGGGCUAUCCGGGUCAGGUUCAGGGUCAGGUGUUUCAGCUCGAUGGGUCACAUUCUUCUGCAUUGUUAGUUUUUCUUUGGGUGUCAUCUUUAUUAACAGAUUUGGUGUUACUCGUGCUCACAUCGAAACAGACGAUAAUGUCAUACCCUUGGAAAGACAAAAAGAACUACUUCACCCUGCUAUUGACUGUGAGAAGAAGGAUGCUUCAAUUGAAGCUGAAGACAUUUUCUCUGAAGUUUCACGCACACAUGAUGUCAUCAUGAAUCUUGACAAAACAAUUUCCUCACUGGAAACGCAGCUUGCCUCAGUAAGAUCUGCUAAGAAACCUGUAUCCAAUGCAUCAAAUGAGCGUCGGAAGUUCUUCUUUGUGAUGGGCAUUAUGACUGCAUUUAGCAGCCGAAAAAGAAGAGACUCCAUUAGAGAAACAUGGAUGCCUAAAGGAAAGGAUUUAUCGAGGCUGGAAAAAGAAAAAGGAAUUAUCAUUCGAUUUGUCAUUGGACACAGUGCUACACCGGGCGGGCUUUUGGAUCAUGCCAUUGAUGUUGAAGAUGGACAGCAUGAGGAUUUUCUGCGGCUGAACCAUGUAGAGGGAUAUCAUGAGUUGUCCUCUAAAACUCAGAUUUACUUUUCUACGGUUGCUGCAAAAUGGGAUGCUGAUUUCUAUAUAAAAGUAGAUGAUGAUGUUCAUGUCAAUCUUGGUAUGAUCGGCUCUACCUUGGCUCGUCACCGCUCUAAACCUCGUGUUUAUAUCGGUUGUAUGAAGUCGGGUCCUGUUCUUGCACAAAAAGGGGUGAAGUACCACGAACCUGAGUACUGGAAAUUUGGAGAAGAUGGAAAUAAAUAUUUUCGGCAUGCAACUGGACAGAUAUAUGCAAUAUCCAAAGAUUUGGCUACUUUUAUAUCUGUUAACCGUCACAUGCUGCACAAGUAUGCAAAUGAAGAUGUUUCAUUAGGCUCCUGGUUUAUUGGUCUUGAUGUUGAACAUAUUGAUGAGCGAAGCCUCUGCUGCCAAACACCCCCAGAUUGUGAGUGGAAAACCCAAGCAGGGAACAUGUGUGCAGCGUCUUUCGAUUGGAGCUGCAGUGGCAUAUGCAAAUCAGUGGAACGAAUGAAGGAAGUACACCAAUUAUGCGGUGAGGGUGAUGAUGCCAUCUGGCAUACCAGUUUCUAGCUAAAUCGAUGUUUGACUUCAUUUUGACCGACCAAUGUGAUGAUUUCCAUGAUCACCAACGGCCCGAAUUUUGGCAAUGAUUAUACACGGGCCAAUUGUAGAUCAUCAAAAAAGUAAUGAUUUUGCACAUAAGUGUAGUUCAUCAUGAUCAUAUUCUAAUCUUCUAAUAUAUCAUGAGCUUGUAGAUCUGUUUAUUGGGUGGAAAUGCAUUUAUUUUUAUGCUUUUUAUC